UCUAGUGGCGGUGCUUGUGAUCUGGCCAGCCAAAAAGGGAUCCGUGUGGGCUGGCGGUAAGCCCACCCCAUUGCCCGAACAGCUUCCUGCUCCACAAAGACAUCCAGCCAUGCCCCAAACAUCCAAACCGCGCUCCGGGCUUUAGGGUAACGCGUACACCGGCAUUAUUCCCGUGAAGGAAGCGCACCUAUAGAACAACAUUAGGUGGGCAAGAGAGUGUCAGUACGAAAGAGGUCAAGGAGUUAAAGGCUGGAGCGUUUUCGACCCGACCUCCGGUUGUACUCUGUAGCAGCGAUCGGCGAAAUUGGAUCUGCAUUCAUGUUAGACGAGUAAGGUUAAAUCAUAGGAGAGAUCGUGUCUGGAGUAUGAUCACAUACAUCCUCAGGGUAUAGAUACAUAGUCUGCUAAAGGCAACUCCUAGGCGGACGCCCGCAUUCAUCUCCGGCUCAGAUCAUUUUCAUAUCAGAAUCUCAUCCGCUGCCUCUGCUGGAGUUUGGAGUAAACAAACAACGUUUUUAGUCUUUGAUUUUCCCGUUUUCACUGAAAAGAUGCAGUUUCGGACGGUGGUGGAUGUGAAAGUUGUGGAUGUGGAGAAGAGGCGCAAUCCGUCUAAACAUUACGUGUACCUAAUUAACGUAACGUAUUCAGACUCCACCUCUCACGUCAUUUACCGAAGAUACAGUAAAUUCUUCGACCUCCAGAUGCAGAUUCUGGACAAGUUCCCCCUCGAGGCCGGGCAGAAAGACCCAAAGAAGCGCAUCAUCCCGUUUCUACCCGGUAAAAUCCUGUUCCGUCGGAGUCAUGUGCGAGAUGUGGCCAUUAGAAGGUUGCGUUUCAUCGACGACUACUGCAGGGCCCUUGUGCGAUUGCCUCCGCAGAUCUCUCAGAGCGAGGAUGUGCUGAGAUUCUUUGAGACUAAGGAGGAGGACGUCAACCCCCCCAAAGAGGACUAUGGCACCUCGAAACGCAAGUCAGUAUGGAUGUACAGCCUUUCGGGCAGCCCGAAGACAGAGGCACCAGGAAUCGACAAUUCAGACCCCAUGGUGCUGGAGCAGUACGUAGUGGUAGCCAACUACGAGAAGCAGGAGAACUCUGAGAUCAGCCUGCAGGCUGGGGAGCUGGUGGACGUGAUUGAGAAAAGCGAAAGCGGGUGGUGGUUUGUUAGCAGUGCGGAGGAACAGGGCUGGGUUCCUGCCACGUACCUGGACUCCCAUAGCGGUACCCGUGAUGAUCUGGACCUGAGCACCUCCAGGACUGGAGAAGUCACUAAGCGGCGGAAGGCUCAUCUGAAGAGGCUGGACCGGCGAUGGACGCUAGGCGGCAUUGUCAACCGACAGCAGAGUCGAGAGGAGAAGUAUGUCACAGUGCAGCCCUACACCAGCCAAGGAAAGGAUGAGAUUGGGUUCGAAAAAGGGGUUACCGUGGAGGUCAUCCAAAAGAACCUGGAAGGUUGGUGGUAUAUCAGAUACCAAGGCAAGGAAGGAUGGGCCCCAGCUUCCUAUCUCAAGAAGCUGAAAGAUGACCUAUCCCCUCGCAAAAAGACCCUGACAGGCCCCGUGGAGAUUAUUGGCAAUAUCAUGGAGAUCAGCAACCUCCUGAACAAGAAGGCGGUGAGCGAGAAGGACGUGCAGACCGACCAGGAGCCUGAGGAGCCCCAUGUCACCAAAAAGGAGAUCAGCCUCCCCAUCCCCUGUGAGGAUCCUGGAAGCGGUGGCAGCAGUGGUGGCGCCGCCCUGCUGGACACCAAGCCAAAAGCGGAGCCGGGUUCCCCAGCCAUAGCCCGCAUUGCUCCUCACAGAGUGGAGAUCGGAUCUCCAAACCUCAGACAAAAACCACCUCCACGAAGAGAGACAAGCCUGGGAUUUCAGUUACCAAAGCCACCAGAGCCCCCUACUGUUGAAGCUGAGUACUACACCAUUGCGGAGUUCCAGUCCUGUAUAUCUGACGGCAUCAGUUUCCGUGGAGGACAAAAGGCUGAUGUUAUAGAGAAGAACUCCGGUGGGUGGUGGUAUGUACAGAUUGGAGAAAUGGAAGGUUGGGCCCCCUGUUCCUACAUUGAUAAAAGGAAGAAACCCAACCUUAGUAGGCGAACCAGCACUCUCACCAGGCCCAAAGUCCCACCCCCCGCUCCUCCAAUCAAGAAGCAGGACUCUGAGGAGGGAACUGCACCGAGCAGCCCGGCAGCAAAAGCCUCCGAAUCUCCCAGUAAGCCUGUGUAUGAGGAACCCGAGUAUGAUGUUCCUGCUAUUGGACUUGAUUUGGAAGCAGAACUAGACUUCCUGAAAGAAGGGUCUUGCCUGGAUUUCAAAAUCGAUGACCCUUCAGAGAAAAUCUCCCAGCCACUUUCCAAGAAUUCCUCUGCAUCUCUUCUGCAGAGUGCGUCCUUCAAGGUAGGCGAGUCCACAGAGGACAUGACGAAGGAGGAGGAGACUAUUUACGAGAACGACGGCUUUAGGCCUCAAAGCGAGGACCUCGGCUCCAGCAAAGACUCCAGCGGUGACUCAGACUCGGCAAAGACUUCCUUUUCUGCAGCUCGCAAAGUCACAUGCUCCCGGAUGUCCUUGGGCUGUGGAAAAGCACCUAAGAAACCGCAGCCUGAGAUGAGCAGAAGUCAGUCCCUAACCAAAGCCGAGGAGGCCAGCUCCAGGUCUUCUUUCGAUGAAUCCAGCCGAGGCUCCACUAAGCACACAGAGAUCAGGAAAGAUGCUGAACCAAAAAUAGGCCAGAGCCCAUCGACCAAGCCCAAGCCCGUGGUGAGACCCAAACCUCUUCUGGCCAAAUCAGAACCUCAGAGUCCAGAGAAAAUGGACAUCAGCACCCUCCGACGCCAGCUUCGGCCAACAGGCCAACUUAAGCAUGGUCUGAAAGCCUCCAGAGGUGAGGACUCAGAAACUGCCUCUGUCAUCUCCUCGGAGGACUCUGCGUCCUCGCGUAGCACCUCUGAUUUGUCCAGCAUUUACUCCAAAGGAAGCAGAGGUGACUCGGAUUUUGAGACCUCCUUCUACCGGACCACUGACAGCUAUGAGAAAGUGCAGGAUUCUGAAAUCAGCUUCCCUGCAGGAGUGGAGGUGGAGGUUCUGGAGAAGCAAGAGAGUGGCUGGUGGUAUAUCAGAUGCGGGGAUGCAGAGGGUUGGGCUCCCACAUACUACCUGGAGCCGCUUCGGCAGCAGUCUGACACGGCUGGUUCGGAGUCAGACGGCACCCCUACUAAGCAGGGGAGUAUGAGCAAGUCCAACAGCCUGGAGAAAAAUGAACAAAGGGUCCAAGUCCUGAACAACAUCAACCAGAAUUUGAGGCGGGUCACUCCACCUAUUCCAUCAAAGCCGCCGGGGGGCUUCGGAAAACCCACUGGCCUCGUUAACGGCUCAGUGAAGAUGAGGAACGGGGUCCGGCAGGUUGCAGUGCGACCUCAAUCUGUCUUCGUGCCCACGCCUGUCAAGGAUACCAACAUCCACACAGGGUCCCUCAGGAGAAAUGAGUCCCUCAACUCCACCGACCAGGUGAAGCCAGGCACGGCCGUACGUCGCAACUCUUCUUUCACCGUUGUCCGUCCCCAGAUGGCCGAUGCCAAGGUCAAGCAGCCGGACAAGACUGGCAUGGGCAGCACAGAAACACUAAGCAGGGUCACCCAAAAGAAUGGCAUCCCGGUGUCCACCGUGAAACCCAAACCUAUUGAGAAAUCCCACCUCAUACACAACAACCUCAAAGAAGUUUACACCUCCAUAGCUGAUUACCGUGGCGAUGAAGAAACAAUGGGGUUUUCAGAAGGAACCAGUUUGGAAGUUCUGGAACGGAAUCCAAAUGGGUGGUGGUACUGCCAGGUCCUUGAUGGUGGGCGGCCUCAAAAGGGAUGGGUGCCAUCCAACUAUUUGGAAAGAAAGAAGUAAUGUUACAAAAACAUUGUUUAAAAUAUUGUACAGUCUUUUUAAAGACAGUUGGGGGGGGGGGGGGG